AUGACGAUGGCCUCUUUACAAGCCGGCCAGCGACUAUUACGGUCGUUCGCCCGCAAUCCCAGUUUCAUUCGCCUCUACUCCUCCAAACCUCCAACAUCCGACAUCGAGUCAAUCCUCGCCGAGCCAAGCUGGUCAGUCCGGUCUCUCCUCCCGGACCAAUCCUCAGAAUCUUCCAAGCCACCAAUCACUCCGAAACAACUUCACCAUCUCCUUCGCCUCUCAGCUCUCCCGCAACCAGCCAGCGCAGCAGAAGAGCAGUCCAUGCUGAAGACCCUCAAAUCGCAAAUCCAUUUCGUGAAAGAGAUGCAGAGCGUCGACACAGCAGGAGUCGAGCCCUUGCGCAGCAUCCGCGAUGAGAGUCCUGCCGCGGUCAAGGAGACGACCAUUGGGCUUGAUCGACUCAAGGAUGCCAUCUCUAAAGAACGCGUGACGGGGAGGAGGCGGAGAGUCCAGCGUGUUCAGAAUGAACGGAAUACUCGUCCAGAUGGGUCGGCUUGGGAUGGGAAUGCCCUCGGGUCAGCAUCUAAGACCAAGGGGCCGUAUUUCAUCGUCGAGACGGGCAGUGGCGGGGUUUCUUAG